AUGUGGCGUUUUAUGUGCGUAUUGUUGCUGCAAGCGGCGCUUGCGCAGGUCGUGUACGACGCGUACUUUGGAAAGCCAAUCACAGACUCGAGGAAGAAUUUUCUGGAAAACCUAAAUGCUACAGGGCCAUGUACCAUCACCGUGCAGCCAUGCGACGAACACGAGCGGCGCCGGGUGGACGGCACUUGUGUGAACCCCAAGUACCCGUCCAGGGGAGGCUCGCCCACGCCGCUGCUCAGGAUGCUGCCUGCCAAGUUUGGCGUCGGUAACAACCUGCGCCCCUCGUCGGACGGCUCAGACCUGCCUUCAGCUAGAGUCCUGCGCACCAAGCUGCUCAGUGAUGGCUACCCGCAAGACCACGACUUCAGCACGCUCGCCACGCACAUAUUCGUGUUCUCAAUUGUCGAUUCAGUGGAUUUAACCGUUUUGCUGCGCUACGCCGUUGCCAGCGACUGCUGCGCCGGGAACACACCCAACCGGGCCAACCCGCAAUGCAUCCCUAUCCCGGUGCCGCAAGACGACCCUUACCUGCGCCGUACUGGGGUUAGAUGCAUGAACCUGACCCGCUUCGCCACCUACCAAGAGAUGGGCUGUCUGCCGGACACGCUGCCUGCUGAAAGGUAUGCUCUACCAACUCCGCUAGAAGACCUGUCAAUCGUAUAUGGUUACACUACGGAGAGAGAAACACAGAUCAGGGCGUAUGAAGGUGGUCUACUCAGAUCCGAGAAAAAAUACGGAGUCGAGAGACCUCCAGGAACUGCACCCUUCUGUGUAUUGAACAGAAGACCAGUUGAAAACGCCUGCUAUGAGUUUGGUGAUUCCUACGAUGGCAACGUCCUCUCCGGUAUCUACUUGACAGCCAUGUGGUUCUACCGGGAACACAACCGUUUGGCUCGGAAGCUGGCCGAGCUCAACCCGUGCUGGUCCGACCAGCAGCUGUACGAGACGGCCAGGCAGAUCAACAUAGCGCAAUGGCAGUACAUGCUGUAUUAUGAACUGAUGGGGCCUAUUCUAGGAUACCAAAAUGCUCUUCAUGCUGGAAUAAUCUUCGACACCGACGGUUUCGUGAACGACUUCGACGAGCACUACAAGCCAGGGGUAUUCCACGAGUACGUGAUCGGGACCCGCUGGUUCCACACCUUCCAGGAUGGGAGGACUGACCUGUACAGCAAGAAAGGUGACUACCUCGGCACCCGCACCACAGUAGACGACGAGUUCCGAAGCGGUAUCCUGGAGGUCAACAACACAGAGGCAGACCUAACGCAGGGCGCCUUCCGCCAGCCCGCCGCCAAGUUUGACUACGUCAUCGAGCCUGACAUAGCAGAGCGUAUCUUCGGCGAACUGCAGACGGCGUCCGACCUGAGUGCCAUAGACAUCAUGCGUGGGAGGGACCAGGGCCUCCCGCCAUACAACGAGUACCGCAAGCUAUGUGGAAUGCCGCCGGCGCACUCCUUCGAGGACCUUCACGACGCUAUAUACCCUGACAAAGUGGAGCAAAUGCGCCGUAUCUACGAGGAUGUUGAUGACGUGGACCUGAUGACAGCUAUAUACAGUGAGAAGCUGAUUAAAGGCGGCUACGUGGGGCCUACAUUAUUUUGCAUCAUGGCGCGGAACCUGGUGCAGUGGAGAAAGUCCGAUAGAUACUUCUUCGAACAUGGGGACCUGCCAACUUCUCUCACGCUACCUCAACUAAACGAGGUUAGAAGAACAAGCGUCGCAAGACUCCUGUGCGACAACGGAGACCGAGUGGACAGGAUCCAACCCCGAGCCUUGCACAAUGCUGGUCACGGAAACGAGAUAGUGGACUGCAAGGACAUACCUGGGAUAGACCUGCGCCACUGGACCGACCACAAGUGUGCUGCUGAAAAGAAGGCUGAAAUAAAGAAAGAACUGGAUGGAGAGAAAAAACCAGCUGAAGUCAACGAAUGGGGAAACUACUUGCCUUACAAGAAGUAGUUUAUGUUGAAUAUUCACAUAAAAAUAAGUGUUUUUACUUUACUA